AUGGAGCGAAAGGUAGACCUGACGGGAGAUCACGACGCGUUACCCACUUACACAGCACAUCUGGUGCCUUGCAAGGUCAGAUACUCGGGGCCUACCGCCGAGUUUCAGGACAAUCUCCAUAUGGACAGCGAGCACCAUCGGUCGCUGAAGAAACCUGAAGCCGAACAGCAGUGCGACGUCUCGCACGUCACGUACAUCAGAGGCAGGAAGAUCGUUGGACGACAGGUUUUUGGUUCUGCCGAGUACACGGCGUUCCUGAUGAACAGCUCCUCAGACGCGUCAGGCGACCUGACCAUGAAACCGAUAGCCAGGGUCUCGGAGAUUGUGAACUACGAACGGGAUGGAAACGAGGGUAGGCUGCACGAGGAAGUCGGCAGACUCGAGGAGCUCCUAGAGCUCAGUGACAUGGUUCAUUCAUAA